GUCCCUCAAAGUCUAUCCUCAACAGAAUCCAGACAACACUGGAAUCAGAAGAAGUAAAUCAAGUUGGCUCCUUCGUCUGGACUCACCUUACAAAUCUAAUGGAAACAUCAAGUCCACUGAAACAAAGCAUAAAAUCAAUUUUAUCUAAUGACAUACUGAAGAAAGAAUUCAACUUAGAAAAAAUGAAGUAUUCCAGAAACUAUGAAGCUUCAUUUUUCCUAGAAAAGAUGAACACAGGUGCCGCAAUUGACAGCAAUCUUAUUUGGUCUUCUAAGUCUUUCCUUCCAAGAUCAGCCAUGACUAACCUCACCGUUGACCUUUUUGGUCACUCUGUCAACCUGUUUGAGUUUGGAGGAAGAGUAGAGGGACUAGAGUAUUUCCUAGAAUCAUACUUUGGACCUGAAGGAUAUUUUGGCAAGUCAAAGGAUGUUGUCAAACAAUCUGUAAAAGGAAUUAGCAACAAAGCAAUGGAUAAACUGAACGAAGAGUUUGGAUCAACAAUGGAAGAGUUCAAAGGAAGCAUGUAUUUGAGAAUAUUUGGCAAUGAAUUACAGUACAUCAACACCGACGAUAUCAAAAGUCUGAUUGAAGGACAAAACUUCAACAUUCUGGAUUUUAUCAUCAAUCUGGCCAAAGAGCAAGACUAUUCUUUCACACAGAGCUUCAUGUUUCUAGAUACCAGUAUCAUAAUUCCAACAAUGUCUGGUUUCCCACUUAACAUCAGUUUAGACGGAAGUGCUACAAUUGACGUUCAAGCUUCCGGUAAAAUGGACCUUAGACAAAUUCAGUCAAAUCCCAUGACAGUUUCCAUCGAUGGAAAAAUUCGACCAAGUGCUGCUUUGGAAGUGACAAGUCUAAUGAGUGUUGAUGCCUUCGUAACUAAAGCUGGAAUGAAAAUGGUAUCUUCAGUGAACUCUGCCUCUGCUGUUGAAGGUCAUCUGGAAAUAAAAGGUGGACAACUCUUUAGUGCAGAAUGGAAGACACCAGAUGCAAAGACAGAAAUAUUUGAAGCAAAAACUUCAUUCUUUACUGUUCAUCGUGAUGAGACCCGUGAACAAAAGAUGGUAACACAAAACAGACAAACAAAGAAACUAUGCACUGGUGAUGACAUUGCACACGUGACUGGACUUGAACUAUGUGGUGAAAUUUCCUACCCUAAUGCUUCUCUAAAGGCUGAUUCUCCAUAUUUCCCCCUAACUGGACCAUUGACAGCUGGUGUUACACUCUACAAGAGAGACAGCCAUACUGGUUACAAAAUGGAGUAUAAAUUUGGAAAGACAAAAUCUUUAGUGAUUGCCAAUGUAGGAUUUAACACACCAGGGUCAAAGGUUGAUAGAGAAAUGAGACUCGGUUUCAAUCUGAAUAUGAAGAAACAUGAUAUUGAAAUGAUGAUGCUGUCACCAUGGAAAAAGGCAACCUUCAAUGGAGCUGUCGAUACCAAACAAAGACAAUUAAAUGGUAAAUUACUUAUUGACCAAUCAGAAUACUCAGUCAAUGCAGCUUUAGCUAGUCAGAAGAAGUCUUCUAAAAUGAUAUAUACACCAUCUGUAGAAAUAGUCAUACCAAAGAAGGAUAACAUUAAACUUGAUGGAACUAUUGAAUAUUUGGCGGGAACAACUUUGGAUUCUGCAUUUACCAUUCGUGGAGUUUCAAAAGAACCAAUCAACAUGAGAUUGAACAUGCUAAACAAGAAGGUUAUAAAAUCAAUCAAGGGCAGUUUUACAAUGGACAAAAAAGAAGAAUAUAGUUUCGAGACCAGAAUGCAGACACUAGUAACUAAACAAUCUUUGAGAUACAGUCCAUUUAUCUCAGUUAAAACCCCAGCGAAACUGUUGAUGGGUCUUGGCGGUUCAGUGGAAAUGAAAUAUAAAAAAGCUGCAAAGGUUGACCUGACUGUUACCGGAUUAACACGUUCUCCAAUGAAAUAUUUUGUUCAAGUAAGAGAUACAGGAAACGCAAAGCAAGCCCGUUAUCAGACAAAAAUUAACAUCCAAUCUCCAAUUCUGACUACUAAAGGCAGAUCCAACAUUAUGAUUCGACCUACAUCUGUUAUAACCAGAACCACAUUCGAUUAUAUCAUUCCACGUGUUGCCCGUGAUAAGGUUACCAUAAACAGCAAGAUUGUCAUGAAAUCAACAAAGAAAGCUACAUCAAUCAAAGGAAAUGGUGUUUUGACUUUGAAGAAAAUGUCACAUUUGAACCUUAACCUUGGAAUUAAUUUUUUGACCAACGCUAAACUGACCACUAGCAACUUCAAUGUCCAGUAUGGUGCCAAUAAGAAAGAUAUGAACAAACAGAUUAGCUUUUCAUCAACAGUAAAACACACGUUAGCAUGGCGAGCAAGCGAUGUCAGAGUCAGCGCACAACUGCAGCACCCUGAAUCAGCAACAGACUUGAAGAUAAAGGGAAGUCACAUUCAUACCAAAAAGGCACUGGAUACCAGCAUUUCGGUGUCAGUUGGUAAAAAACACACCUUGAGCACAUCAGUCUUCCUGAAAAAUAAAUCAAAGAAAUUGACAUCUGUUUCUGGUGGAAUUUCCCUUUCAUUGAAUGAGAAAUCCCUUUCCAUAUCAAAUGUCUUCAUCCAACAGAACAACCAAAAAUAUACCAACGACUUCGCUGCCACUAUCGGUAAACAAAGAACAACGAUAAAAUCUGCCAUCAAGAGCAUGUCAAAUAUUGAAUUCGAAAUAUCUAAUGAUGUAACACUUCCAGAAAGAAAACCUUUUACCAUUGCUGGUCAGCUAAACGGGAGCCCUAGGGAUUUCAGAGUAGGAGCACAGAUUGGAAAAUCAUAUGUUUUGGCAUUUACUUCCCAAUACAAACCAAAGACCUUGAUCAAGAUGUCUGGGGAUGUGAAGGUUAACAGCAGACGCGUGACAGCUGAAAUUGAAGCAAUGAACAACAAUCCUCAGUAUACCGGAGCAUUUGAUGUUAAGUGGGAUGCUGAUAAAGAUGAAUCAAAAAGAAUAAGGUUUGUAGGAGAUUUGACAUACAAAAACUCCAUGGAUGUAAACGCUAGACUAGAACAUGUCAACCCAUUCACUAGUGUCUUAUCGAGUUAUAAUCAUAUAGUUGAUAUAAAUACUCAGGGCCAUUUUGAUAUCUUUGUGGGAGGGAAAGAGGAAAUAGCUUUGGAUCUUAAUCUUAAAAACAAAGAUGAAGGAAGAGCUGGAACCCUUAGAAUGCAGACACCGGUCACUGGAUUAGUACAAAUGAAUUAUGAUUUGAUGUCAACUACCAAACAAUAUCAGAACUCAAUGGAUAUCACAUGGCAGAAAUCAAACAAAAUUGGAGUUUUAGUAAAUUUGGACAAACCAUUCAAUGCCAAUAAAUUUCAUGGAAUAGUUACAGUUAAAACACCAUUCAAGGGUUUCCAAAUGUCCUCAGUAGAAGUGGACCAUGAAUACAGCGGAAAGGUAAAAAGUAUGCUGAAAACUGAACUCAACAACGAGAAAGUAAAAGUUGAUAUUAACUACAGUAACGAUGACCAGGAUGUAAACGGUGUAAUUAGUGUCAAAUCGUCAUUAUCCAGUUUGAAAACAGCUUCUGUAAGCUUCCACCAUAAAACUACAGACAACAAAUACCAAAACGCUUUAGCAAUGGAGCACAAUGGCAAAGUAUACCAGUAUGAAGGUCAAAUGAAUCACAGAUUUACAAAAGGAGGACUGAAGAAUAAAGGAAAAAUUGUCUUUAAUCUACCAAACAACAAAUAUGAUGCAAAUUGGGAUCACAGCAUUACCAGCAAUGAACUCAUUUCUAAAAUGCAGUCAAGUAUUAAUGGUAAAUCUUAUGAAUUGGACGUAAAUGGAAGACAAGCCAUAACAUUUAGUGAAGGGGGAGUAUCAUUUAACCUGAAGAUUAAAUCUCCACUUAUGGACGAUAUCCUUCUGCGUGUUGACCAUCAACACAGACCAUCAUUGAUAGACAGUUCAGCAACCUUAUCUAUUAAUAGUAACGUUAUGAUGUCUGGUCAUGUAGACUACAAGAGAGAAGCUGGCAAGGUGAUGUCAAAACAGUCUUUCAAAAUGUCUGAUAUCACUUUUGAAACUUCAAUUAUAUCUGAAUAUGCCCGUUUUCCAAUGUCAGGACAAAUUAAUAUGAAGUUGAAUGAUAAUGAAAUCGAUGCAAGUGGAACCUUUGAUCGUCAGCAGAACAGCCAAAACGGUAAACUUAAAUUUAGGUCACCAUUUACCAAACCUAUUGUAUUAAGUAUUGAUCGAGCAAUUGAUGGGGAACAGAUCAUUUCAUCGUCUAUUGAGUAUGGAAAAACUGAAAUUAUGGCCAUGGAAAACAGAUUCAGAUGGGACAACACAAAAAUUGUUAAGAUAUCAGUUGUAACACCAAUAAAGUCAGUCAGGAAAUUUGAAACAUUACUCAAGUUUGAUGGAGGUAUAACUGCUUUCAAAACAGUCGCAAGUUUAGAAAUUGAACCUACUUUUAGACCAAUCCAGAUGACAUCAGAAUGGAACUCUGUCAAUGGGCUCAAUGGAAAAAUUCGUUUGGAAACUCCAUUCCAACAAAUACCAUACAGUCAAAUAAGUUUGGUUUCUAAACCCACUUCUAGAAUGACAUCAUCAGAUCUAGUUAUUGAAUAUCUCCCAAGACGAGAAAUAAUCAUGAAAUCAAGCUACAUGGUGCAGAAAGAUCACGUUGAAGGCAGUUUAGACAUAAAAACUCCCUUCCAUGACAUGCAAACAAUGUCAGCAUCAGUUAAACAUGUAACUCGAAAUAACGCCCUAAAUUCUGAGAUGACCUACACCUGUCCUAAAGGCACAAAAUACGUCGCUGACAUCAACUAUAAAUCUGGUAUCAAGAAAGAGGGGUCAGUCAGUCUGAAAAUGGAUAAGAAAAGAAUAAGCGUUAAUGGUAUGGUCGACAUGACGUCUGGAUACCCAGCUGGUUUCUUGAAGACAUCAACACCCUUUACAAAGGACAUUAUUGUUGAUAUUAAGCAGACGAAUCAAGCUGAAGUAAUUGUGACGUCGGGCUCGCUGAGAUACGAUAACGGCAAAGAAAUAUCAUUGGAAAACCGAUUCCGUUGGAAUGAUGCCUUUGUGUUCACAACAGCUCUUGCUACACCAUACGAAUCCAUGAAAACAAUUAACUCUGUAAUAGAGGCUAAAGGAGACUUACGAUCUUUCUCUCUUUUAAGCAGCAUUGAAGCAGAACCAAUCACAAAGAAGUUCUUAAUAUCCAGUGCCGUAAAUACAAAUGGUGGAUUCGAUGGUAACUUCCGCAUUGAAACCCCAUUCGAGGCCAUUCCAUAUAGUCAGAUAACCGUCUCUAGUCAAAGAAGUAGCGGAUCCACAAGAACAGUUGCUAAUAUAGAAUACCUUCCAGCUAAAUAUAUCAGUGUCAAAUCAAGUCACACAAUGGAUUUGGAUAACAUUGAUGCAACUUUUGAAAUUCAGACUCCAUUCGCCAAAUUUCAACAUGCAUCUGCUUCAAUAAAACACACAAAUGACGACAAAGGCAUUUCAUCUUCUGUAGGAAUCGAAUAUCCUAAAGGAAAUAUAUAUUCUAUAGACACUUCCGUUAAAAACGCCGAAAGGAAAGACGCUUCCAUCACCGUCAAAAGUCCAUACAGCAAACCAGUAAGUCUGUCAGUCUAUCAUCAAGGAAAAUAUCCGUCAAUGGAGACACACGGUGAACUACAGUACCAGGGCAACCAGAAACACAUAUUGGACAUAGCAUUUAAUAAUAAAGCUAACUUUAAGUCAUCUGUGUCAUACAAGUGUCCAUCUAUGGACAAAAUAUCUUUGGAGAUAAACCAUAAAGGAAGCAUGAAACAAUUCAAUUCUCUCGUCAAAGCACAAUACAAGAAGGGCGAGCCACAUCAAAUCGAAAUAAUCUUUAAAAAUCUGGCUAAAAUGCAAGGAUCUUUGACAGUCAAAUCAGCGUUCAUGGAUGACUUUAAAGCAUCUUUCCAUCAUACAGGGUCCUUGAGGAAUCUUAAAUCUCAUGUUCAAUAUGCUUACGGUAAAAUGACUCCAGCCUCUGCUGAUGUAGCACUUAUUUCUGGAAAACGUAUCAAGGGAUCCGUGAAAUUGUCUGCCCCAAUGUUUGAGGAUAUUACCAUGACUCUUAUUCACAAGGGAAAUCUGAAAAGCUUCAGAAACAAGAUGAACCUAAUCUACAGCAAGAAACAGAAAAUCAGUACCGAUUUUAAUUUCCGUCUGGCUAAAGUAAUGAAAGCUACAUUUCUGUUUGUUUCUCCUUUUAAAGGAUAUAAGAAAGUCAUUGCCAACGUGAAACACGAAGGAACAUGGAAGAGCUUCAAGUGUGAUGCCAAUAUUAAAAAAGGAAAAGACGUUGUUAAAGCCAACAUGAAAACAUCAAUAGGGUCUAAAUUCAAUUGGGAAGCAAGUGUAGAAACUCCAGUUGCCGGUUGGAAGAAAAUGAAUGCUGCUGUAUCGCACGAAGGAUCACUUUCUAAUUUUAAAUGCCAUGCCGAGAUAGGUCGAGGUAAACAAGACAUGGUCGCUGCAGACAUACGAUUUGCAAUUAAUCCAUCCAUUGAUAUUCUGUUGGCUGCACAGACACCUUUUGUUGGCUACAGCAAUGUCAAGGCAUCUUUGUCACAUCAAAAAUCAGACAGCAAGAUAAAAUCUCAUGCUGAAAUAACAUACUUCAAGAAAGAUACAAUAUCUGCAGAUAUCUUGAUAAACAAACCAACAAGAAGUGCUGAUAUUUCCAUAAAGACUCCAUUCAAGAAAUAUGAAAAGAUGGCAGGUUCCUUCUCACACACUGGUUCAUUAUCAGAAUUCAGUACAAAGAUGGAUUUGGCAGCAAACAAAGAUAAGUACUCAGCUCAGAUCAAUUUGAAGACUGUAGGUCAACUGUCAGCAGAGAUGAAAAUAUCAACACCCAUCGUCGGCUAUCAAGAAACCGAUCUUUCCUUUACUCAUAGUGGAAGCUUAAACAAUUUCCGUUCACGAGCAAAUAUUCUUUUUCACAAGAAGAAGAGUGUCGCUGAUGUCUCAUUUAACUCACUCAGUGGUGUAGAAGGACAAUUGACAUUGCAGACACCCUAUACAGAAACUGUAAAAGCUACAAUUAUGCAUAGCAAUGAGGAAAAAAUGAAAUCUUCUUCAAACAUUGCAUAUGGUAAACAGACCAUUUUUGAUUUUGAUGCUUUGUUCAGUCAAAGAGGACAAACAUUUGGAACCGUCUCCAUCAAAGCAUUGAAGGUGCCAAAAAUGGCAGCAACUUUUGAAUACCAGGGAGUUAUAUUCAACAAUAAAGCAACCAUACAGGCAUCACUUGGGAAAGACAAGAUCAUUGUUGAGACACAAAUGGAAAGCAAAUCUGAUGUUUCAGGAAGAAUUUCCAUUUCAACUCCAUUUGAUUCUGCAAAGACGAUGUAUAUGGUAUAUUCUAAAACUGGACCAAUGAAUAAAAUGAACGGCAACAUUGAAGCUGGAAUCAACGAACAGAAGAUUACGACUGACAUAACUAUUUCAUCUGAUGACGUAACAAAGGCAUCUGUCACACUCCGAACACCAUUUUCUGAACUACGAAAUGCUGAUGUAUCCAUUAGAUUUUCUGGCACCGCUAAAAACUUUGAUAGCCACAGCGAAGUGACUGUUAACGAAAAAAUGGCUGAAGCUGAUCUGACAGUCAUUGUGAAUGAUCGUCUUGACAUUAGAGGGUCUAUGAAAACUCCAUUUACUAAAGACUUUGUCAUCCGAAUGAACCAUGAUGGUGCAUUGAACAGUUUCAAAUCUUCUUCUGAUAUAUCAUACGGAUAUGAUAAAAUUAGUGGACAAAUAACAACUGAUUUGACCAAUGGAGUACAAAUUGACAUCACCCUCAAAACUCCAUUUUCAAAUGAUGUGAUCUUUGCUACAUCUUCUAACUACGAUUUCAAUGACUUCCGAUCACUUUCUCAGUUAACAUACAGUGGAGCUAAACAACACGAAUUAGAAGUCACCUUCUUUGCCGUUAAGGAAAGAAAAUCUCUGAAGUCAAAUGCACAAGUUACCUACAAUGGAAAAUCAGUAUCAGGAAAGGUUGACUUUGAAGGUGGAAUGAGAAACUUCAAAUCUGCAGGAGAGGCUAAAUACAAUAACCAGAAAAUAAUGGCAGAAAUCCAAUUCCAGUCACUGAAAAGAAUAAAUGGACAAUUUUCAUUGAAAACACCAUUUUCGUCCGAUUUUCUCCUAUCCUUCAACCAUCAAGGUCAGAUACCAACUGCUUUUACAUCAGCUGCUUCGAUGUCAUACGGAAAGAUAUCCCAUGAUAUUCAGGCAUCAUUUAACCAUGAUGGGUCAUAUAAGAAGUUCUCUACUAAUGGUCAGAUUAGUUACAAUGGCAAGAGAGUAUCUUCAGACAUUUCCUUUGAUGCUACUAGUGACAUAACAGGAACAGUGACAUUGAAGUCACCCAUGACGGAUGACAUAAUUGUUUCUUUCUCCCAUAAUGGAACACCAUUGACAUUCAGGAGCAUUGCCAAAAUUACUUACAGUGGAUCAAUGAAACACGAUGUUCUCAUAACAUUCAAUCAUGCCGGAUCAAUGAUGAAUUUUAACACUAAAGGCGCUUUAACAUACAAUGGCAAAACCACAUCAGGUGAAAUCGUAUUUGAUGCUAUUAAAGACAUUGAAGGUAAAUUAGAAUUAAAAACUCCUAUUACAGAUGACAUAAUUGUAGCAGUUUCUAACGAAGGAUCCUUAAGGAAUUUCAAAUCUUGUCUCAAAGUCACAUACAAAGGACAGUUACAACAUGAUGCAAGCCUUAAAUUUAACUUCGACGGAUCAAUGAUGCAGUUUGGAACAAAAUCAUCUUUAAUGUAUAACAGCAAAAAAGUAUCCUUCGAUGUUAAUUUUGAUGCUACCAAGGAUAUUGAAGGGAAAAUUACAUUGAAAUCGCCAUUUACCGAGGAUAUGAUUGUGGCCUUCUCACACGAAAACACGAUGAACAAUUUCAAAACCUGUCUCAAAGUUACUUACAGUGGAGAACUGCAGCAUGAUGCCAGUCUUACCUUUAAUAUGGAUGGAACAUUGGUUAAGUUUACAACUAAAUCAGUUUUUACCUACAACAACAAAAUGGCCUCUACUGCCGUCAGUUUUGAUACAACAAACAUUCUUGAAGGCAGAAUAACAGUCACAACACCAUGGACAAAUGAAAUCAUUGUAGCUUUUUCAAAUGAGGGAUCUGUACAAAAUUUCAAAACCUGUCUUAAAAUUACAUACAGCGGUUCUUUAAAGCACGAUGCCAGUGUUUCAUUCAGUUUGGAUGGAUCAGUCAGAAAGUUCUUUACACUGGCUUCAGUGAAGUACAAUGACAAAAUAGCUUCCGCUGAGGUAACUCUUGAUUCUAGAAAAGACAUUGUUGGAAAGAUCACCUUGAAAACACCAAUGUAUGAUGACGUUAUCAUUGAGAUCGCCCGCAACGGUAACUGGAAAAACUGUUUGUCCUUUGUUCAAAUCACCUACAAUGGCGCUUUGCAACAUAACGCAAGAGUAAGCUUCAAGUUGAUCAAGAAACCAACAAGUAUCCAGGCAAAUACUGAGGCAAGUUACAAUGACGAAACAGUAUCCGGAGACAUUUCUAUUGAGACAUCAUCUGGAAUUGAUGGAACCAUGACUGUUAAAUCACCAUGGAGCGAGGACAUUACCACAAUUGUUAAAUACAACGGAGAGCCAAAAGAUUUCACUGCCCAACUUCAGCUGAAUCACAAAGGCUCUCGUCAAUAUGAAGUAAAUAUAAGACAUACAACAACUGGUGAAAUGAAGAAACUUUCAACUGCUAUCUCUGCGUCCUACAACGGCAAAGAAAUGUCGUUUGAUGGUUCAUAUGACUUAAAAGACAACAAGAACGCUCAAAUGACUUUCAAAUCACCAUUCACCAAAGAUGCAUUUGUGAAAAUAUCUUUAGAAGGAACAGUUCAAAGAUUUAGCUCAAAUGUAGAACUAUCAUAUGGCGAGAAGACCCAUGUUAUGACUUCAAAAUUCAAUAUGAUCAUGACUGAUUCCAAAUUAGGUUCUGCAGUUGAAAUAUCAGUCGACAACCAGAAAGGAUCUAUUGACCUCCUUGUUGAGUACUCUGAUGAAUACAAGGUUAAAGUAUCUGCCAGUUCUCCACUAACUGACAACAUUGAACUAAUGUCUUCUGCAAAAAUAAACCGUAACAAUCUAAUUGGUUCAUUACUGAUUAAACUCGCAGGAAAAACCAUCCACGACAGCAGUUUCAGCCUGACAAGAAGAAUGGGAGAAAACCAAUUUGUUGCGAAUUUAAAUGCUGUAUACAACUCUAAAAAUGUCAAUGGGGGAUUUUCAAUUGUAACAUACAAUGGAAUUGACGCCAAAAUGACACUAGAGACUCCAGUUGCAGGAUACGAGAAGAAUGCAGCCAAUUUCUUAUACGAAACUGACAGGGAUACAAUUACGGCACAAGUCAAUGGAAACGUUGGAUCUAACAAUGUAGAAUUUAAUGCAGUUUUUGAUAAGACUUCACCAUUCAAUGGAAAAAUUAAUAUCAAAACUCCAGUCAUUGGAUUAACCGAAAUGUCAAUGAACGUAGUUUUCAACAAUAAUCCUUCAAACUUUCGUCUCACAUCUGAUUUCGCUAUUGAAGGUCAAAACAUGUAUGACCUUAGUUUUGAGCAUAUCUCCUCAACAAGAAAUAUACAAGGAAGUCUAGAACUGAAAACAACAAUUUUAGAAGACAUUGACAUCAAGUAUGACAUCUCUGGAAGUUUAACAAAGUCUUCAUCCUCGUUCAGUGCCUCCGUUGGAAGUAACAACCAAAUUUCAUUGAACACUUUGACCAACAUUCAAGGCAGGCAAAUGGGAGAAGUAAAAUCAACCUUAAAUAUCAACAUUGCUGGUUUCAUAAAAACAGCUGAAUUAGAAUUAAAAAGUGGAAGAAGCUUCAGCGAUUUCACUUCUAAAAUAAGUGGAAAAAUUGAUAACGAUGAAAUCUCUGUAGAAACCAUAUUUAAAAGUCAACCAUCUUAUGAGGCAUCGGUUAAGGUAGAAACACCUUUCAAAUCAGCUAAAUCAAUGUCAGCUACGAUCAAGAAUGUUCGUAAAUCAAAUUUUGUCAGCACAUCAGCUGUUGUUGCACUUUCCCCUGAAAAGGUUUACGAAAUAAGUCUUAAUUAUCUCAACCAGAACUUCAGAAAAAUGGAUAUAAAAGCCGAAGUAAAAACUCCAGUGAAAGGACACGAGUUGAUGAGAUGGGUAUACAGGCACGGGACUGACCAGAUUUUAUCUGUAUUUUCGAACUACGAAUGCUCAACUGGAAUUCAAAUUACUGGUGAUAUUAAACUGUCACCAAGAUCGAUCAACAUGGAUGUCAGGACUCCGUUUCAAGCAAUUCGAUCAUUGUCUCUUAAGGGAAACUUAGAAAGACAAAAUAUGAUCUAUAGUUUAGACACUUCUUUUGAGAUAAAUAAGAAAUCAGUUAAACUAUCUGGUUUAGUAGACUUAGAAAGCAGACCAAUGACAACUAGAAUCGAGCUGAAGACUCCAUUUAAGGGACUUGAAUCUUCCGAGAUCAAUUUGUCAUGUACAGGAGACAUCAAAGAUUUGCGCGCCACAGUCGAAAUUGUAACUCCUUUGAUUAAACCAAUCAAUUCCGAAGUACAUAUCCGUUACGAUUCUCUUUUGGACAUGGAAACCACUGCAAUUCUUACCACAGGGUUUAAGUCCUUCGAACGAUUGAGUGUUUCAUUGGUCAACAAGAAAAACAGAAAUGAAUACCAAACACAUGUUGAAACCUCGUGGAAUAGAGAAAAGACCAUUGCAUUUGAUGCUUCAUGUGAUGUUUCGGAGAUAUCUAGUGGAAAGCAUAUCAAGACAUCCAUGUCAAUUUCUACACCUUUCGAAGCCCUUAAAACUAUAACUGUCAAUAUGGGACAUAAAUAUUCCACUGGUAACUACAUGCAAUCGGUCUUCUUGGAAUACAACGGGAAACCUCUACUAGAUAUUGACACAUCUUAUUCAAAUAUUGAGCAUCACACAGUAUCCAUAGUAACAAGACACCCUAGACCUAUGAACUUCAGAAUCGGAGGUAACAUGGAAGCCGAAAAGAUAAACAGCGAUAUCAGCUUAAACUGGAAUACAGACAAAACAGACAGCAAUAUGAACAUGGAAGUCUUUUAUAGUCAUAGCAAUAAUAAGUGUAACUUAGCAGUUAGAUUUGUACAUCCGUCUAAAACCAUCGGAUUUAGAGGAGAAUUAAAACGUUCAACAAGUCAUAACUUAAUUUCGCUUGAUGUAAACAUAGAUGAAGCCAAUGUAUUUGGAUAUACCUAUGAUUGUAAACACGGCAAUGAUGACAGAGAUACUAGUAUGAAAUUCCGUUUCCCAAACAGAUCUAUCAUGUUUACAAACGCAAUUCAGAACCGUCUUGGAUCUAAAAUGGUAACUGGUGCCUUCUUCUGGGAUGCUGAUGGUGACCAGACAAAGAAAGUAUCUGUUAAAGGGGAUAUAACUCCAAGUGAAAAUGGUGUAGAUGCCAAUGUUGUUCUAGAAAUGCCAAGUAUUGGACAGGAUGUAAAGCUUGAUUCCAAAGUGAAAUUCAACAAGGGAUCUGUUCUGUUUGAUGGUAAAACUGCAUUCCAGUAUUCUAAAGAUUCAAGGAAGACACUAAUUCUUUCCUCACGACUGGAAGAUCUUUCAUCUGGUACUGACACCAACUACAGCUUUAACCUAGGAAUCAAACAUCCGUAUACUACUGUUGACGUUGAGGUAACUUCACUCCUAGAAUCAUCAGUUUACAAAAAGAUGGCUUCUGUCGAUGUUAAAUACCAAACAGCAAACAAAAUGGCAAAGAACUUUGGAAUAAUGGGAGAAAUCGAUAACUUGAAGAAGAGCAUCAAGAUGGAUCUGACCACGCCUAUUAAAUCAAUCAAUAUCCAAGGAAAUGUGCAAACUACAGCUCCAUACAAAGUGUCAAUUAAGAACCUGUAUGAUAAUGCCAAACCAGUCAGUGCAGAUAUUGUUUUUGACCCAUCAGAUGUCAGUAUUGAUGUCAACAUGAACUAUGAUAUUGACAAUCCACAAAACAUUCUUCAUGUGAAUGCUAAAAUGUCAGACGAAAGUGGAAUCACAGCCGAAGUUUUCAGAGAUGUGGACAGUAAGAGAGUUUCCGAUACGCUCAUCAACCUGAAACUGAAGACUUCCAAGAUACUUCAUACACGUGUACAUUGGAACCCAGAUCUUUUGAAAACCGUAAAGUCUGUUGGUUUGAACAAGAUUCAUAAAUAUGGCAAUGGCAUUAACAAAGCACUUCAAACAUCAUGGAUUGCUGUAGAACAGGAGGUCCAAUCAAAACACAGAUUGAUCAUAUCUGCUAUCAAAGAAGACAUGAAACCAUACAUCAAUUUUAUGUCAGCUAGAGUUACCGAACUUCAAAAAAUGAGACGCAAUAAUGAUUACUACUUAAAUGAUAUCGUAGGACAUUUCCAAACAACACAAACUGUUAUCAGACAUCAGAUGAAAUCACUUGAGAAUGAAAUCAACAGUCUAACAAAAGAUAUGGACUGGACACUAUAUAAUUUGUAUCUUGCUGAAAUUACUGAAUUAGUAAAGUUAAUGGAAGACAUGUCAUUACAGUACUACUCUGAAGUUUUAGAUUUUACACAGUCACAGACAACACAGCUGUCAAACACCAUUGAAGGAGUAUAUACAAAAUAUGGAAAACAAGUAACAGAUUCAGUUGCAUCUAUUUCAAGCAAUAAAAUUUUGGAAUCAGUUCGUUCAAGAUUACCAACAAUUCCAAUGAAACAAAUGGCUGACAGAUACAACACAGUUAUCUACAAUGCAAGAGAAUCAAUCAAUAUUGGGCUAAUAAAGACACUUCCAACCCCAGUAUAUCAUAUGGCUUCAUCAGCAUAUAAAUACUGGGAGAUUGAAGAAAACAUUAGAUCUGUUUUUAUCAAAUUCGUCAAUUUUAUUAAAAAAGACAUUGGAGACGAAUUCAGUAAUAUCAAAGACUUAAUUACGGAUGUUAAGAAAACAAAAGUCACAGUAUAUGACCCAAAGAAAGGUCACUUUGAAAUGGACAUUUAUCUUCCACUAGAAAUGAAAUCUUUAACAGAAGUAAAAAGGAUAGCCAAUCCAAUUGAGAAUCUCAGAUCUUACAUUCCACAAUCUAAUCCACUCCCAUCCUUUGGAGAUAUUUGGUCUCAUGCAGUUAUUCCAUCGUUUGGUGCACAUGCUUACAUCAAGGGAGAUCAUUUCACCACCUUUGAUGGACAAGAAUUCGAUUUCAAUGGAAGAUGCAGCUAUGUCCUUGCACGUGACUUUGGCAAAGACAAGUUCAGCAUCAUUCUUAAUUAUAUGGGAAGACAGAGCAAAAAAUUGGUUGUCAUGACCUCCACACAAAAUGUUCAAGUUGCUUCAAAUGGAAAGGUCCGUGUUGAUGGCGUAGAGAGCAAACUUCCAUAUGCAUCAAACGAGAUAAAAAUUUCACAAGUAGGAGACAACAUUUACGUCGAUGGAAAUGGUUUUGGUGUUGUCAACAAUAUCAAAUCCGCGUCAUAUGACAUUGAACUCAGCCAUUGGUUCCAUGGAAGAACAGGUGGUCUGCUUGGUGUCCAUGACAACGAGAGAUUUGACGACAUGAUGAUGUCUAACAAACAAAUCACAUCUGAUGCCAACGCUCUGGCCACUUCAUGGCAAGUCCAAGAAAAAUGCCGUUAACUAUAGAACGUUUACCGAAAGAGAUUCAGUUUUGUUUUUGUUGAUUAUUUGUUAAUUGUUAAUUUUUGGUUCUUAUUUAUUUCUUUUUUAUUUCUUUUUGUGUAUAGAAAUUCGAUUAUAAUAAAUUUAGAGCAGCA